UGCAUCCUUUAAUAUAACUCAGUUCUUUGUGACAGCAUUGACCUUAAACAUUCAAAGAAAGCAAUCAAGAUUAACACAUAUAACACAUCUUUUCAUUUUGUGCUAUACAGCAAUUUUUUCAACCCUACCUUCUAAUAACAAUAAUUUUGCACAUAGGCUAGAAUGUGUUGACACUGAUAGAGUGCGACUGAGAAAAUGACUUUUGCCUCUGAAAUCCAGGGAUGGUUUCAGAGACGUGUAAGACCAAACAGAUCCUGAAGAUUUUUUCCCCCUCGCAUUUCUUGGGAGGUGGUGCGAGGGCUGCUGACGUGAUGAGACAGCCCAACCCCUGCUAUACUGUGGAGGAAAAGUCCAGGCGCAGGGAAACAGGCUUCAGAGUCAGAUCAGCGCGUUGACUGAGCGCACACGCUCCAUGCGCACCAAGACUCCAAGACGCGCGCCACGGAAAGACUGAUUCAGUCUUUACAGAAACAUAUAUUGCUAAAUCAUUUGAAUGUAACUUUAAAAAAACAGAGCUGUGGAUUCCAUGAAACAUUUAAAUAAUUAGGCAAGCAAGGAAAACCAGUAUUUACAGGAGCGCGAAGGGAGACGCACUGGAUCCAACACGCUUCAUAUACUAUGUCAUGAUGCAGCAGCAACAUACAGACCUCCCACAGGUAAUUUACAGCAAAUAUUAAGUUCGCUUCGAGAGGGAAAGGGAAUCAUGAACUCGUCCGAGUCUGUUUGGCUCUUGGGGGAGCCGUGGAACCUGAGCAGAGCGGAGGAAGAGGACCAGAAACUUUUAUUCGGGAUUGGCACAGAUAACUUCAUUACGCUGCUGGUUUUCGGAAUCAUCUUUACGCUCGGUGUUCUGGGUAACUCCAUGGUGAUCACCGUGUUGGCCCGGAGCAAACCGGGCAAACCACGGAGCACCACCAACAUCUUCAUCCUCAACCUGAGCAUAGCAGACCUCUCCUACCUGCUCUUCUGCAUCCCUUUCCAGUCCACUAUUUACAUGAUGCCGACGUGGGUCCUGGGCGCUUUUAUUUGCAAAUUCAUCCACUACUUCUUCACCGUGUCCAUGCUCGUGAGCAUCUUCACUCUGUCUGCCAUGUCUGUGGACCGGUACAUCGCCAUCGUGCACUCGAGGAAGUCCUCCUCUAUCCGGGUGGCAAAGCACGCUCUGAUCGGAGUGGUGGUGAUUUGGAUUCUCUCUCUGGCCAUGGCUGCGCCGAUCAUGUAUUACCAAAACAUCUUCCACAGAGGAGAGAAUCACACCUUCUGCUGGGAAGUGUGGCCGGAUCAAAACCAGAAGAAGAUCUAUGUAUUUUGCACCUUUGUGUUUGGUUAUGUGUUGCCCCUGCUGCUGAUUACCUUCUGCUAUGCCAAGGUUUUAAAUCACUUGCACAAAAAACUAAGAAAUAUGUCCAAAAAGUCAGAGGCAUCAAAGAAAAAGACUGCUCAGACGGUCCUGGUGGUGGUGGUGGUGUUCUGCCUCUCUUGGCUCCCUCAUCACGUCGUUCACCUCUGGGUGGAGUUCGGGACCUUCCCGUUAAACCAAGCUUCUUUCGUACUACGGGUGGCCGCCCAUUGCCUGGCUUACAGCAACUCAUCGGUCAACCCGGUCAUCUACGCAUUCCUGUCAGAGAACUUCAGGAAGGCGUACAAGCAGGUGUUUAAGUGUCAGAUCGGUUCCAGUGGCUCCCCACUCAACGACAUCAAGGAGAUCCGCAGCAAGGCGGACACUCCACCCUCGACCAACUGCACCAAUGUCUGAAUAUUUGGAUGUUUGCUUGGCUACAGCAAAAGCCACAGCUGAACAAUUCCACAUGAGCGCUGUUCAUUAAAACAUGAAAUAGAGGAGAAGGGAGAACAUGAUUACUCGCUUUUUGAUCAGUCUCUGUUUUCUGCUUCUCUUCUGUCGUAAUAAAAACAAGUACGGUCUGAACUCAGGAAAUUGAUCCUGUUUCUAGACUGAACUCAUUUACAUUGUAGACAUCUACGUGUCACAUCAAGGUAUAUUCCCUGACCAGUACAUUCAAAGUGAAUGACUAACAUUCUGUCACACUUCAAAGGUAGCCAAUAAAAUGUUUCAUAUGAUUGACAUAAUAACAAUACAAGUUAUGCUACAUCGAGUCACAACAUAGUUGGAAUACUGCUCUAAAACUGCAUAAAUACGCUACAGUUGCUAAUCCCUGUAAUGCUCUGUUAGUAUGACCAUUGGGCCCUUUGUCCACCUAACAUUUUUUUCCGGGCUGAAAAGCACUGGCUGUGCGCUCAGGAGCACAUGCAUGAAGCGUUUAUGCGCUGAGAAGAAAACAUGACAACAGUCUGUAGACAACAGC